GCUUCGCCGUAACCAUGUGCCUUUUUUGUCGUAUCUUUUACAAAUCUUUAUCUGCUCAGUAAAAUGACCAAGAACAACAUAAAUACAACCAUUUCCUCCUAACCUCCUCUGUCGUCAAACAUGGAUACCGGUCAGCCUGAGUCAGAUCUAAACCUCGAGGAGGAGGAUGAAGCUAUUGAAACUGACGAAGGGGUUACAGACACCGAACAAUUUUUUACUGAUGAGGACGACGGGGAAGUUCGUGAAAUUCUCGAGGAUUUACCACUAGAAAAUGAUGAGUAUAAUUUAAGUGAAGCUGAUGUCCAUUCGGAAGAUAAUAAUUAUUAUGAAGGAGUGGAAAAUGUUCGAUCGUCCUCAAUUGAAAUAAAUGAUGGUUACGGUGAAGUAGAAUUUAUAAAACACCCAAAGAAAGAAGAUGAAUGGAACACGGAUGAACUAGUGGAAGAUAAUUCUUUUGGAUCUGAUGAUGGGCUUGAGCUAAAAACAACGAGUUCUGGAGCUAGCAUUCGCAUAUCGCAAAUGCAGAUCACAUCCUACGAGGAUGCAAAAAUAAUUGCGGAGGAGGUUAUUCUGGUGUUGGAACAAGACGUUGCAAAUUAUCUUGAAAAUGCAGGGAUAGCGUUUGAAGGCCAAACGGAGGAAGAAGAACUAACUGAACAAAGUGUUACACUUCGAGAGAAAAUUUCAGGGUCCUCAGUCUCCAUUUCGUCGAACGCUUCUGUAACGCUCCCUGGAGAACCUUCAAAACUACGACUUUUCUACGAAAAGGGUGAAAAUAUUACCAGGGAGGAUCCAAUCCCUGAUUUACAAGGCGUUGGAAUUGAUGAAAUGGUGGAGGUCACGUUGCAUCGAUCCAGAAAAUGGAAACGACGAGGAAAGCCUGCCCAACUAGAAGGGUUCUCGCAGACCAAAGCCAUGACAUUUAUACCCGAAGAUAAAGCUGGAAUGCUAUUUAUGACUAUCUACCCACAACCCGACGAUUAUGUACCACCUGAUGUCCCCAAUAGAAAAAAGUCGAUGGACAUUGCCCUGGCUGAAGCUGAAAAGGGUGAUCCUUUAGCCGAUCGAGUUCGCCAAGGACCUCAAAUAAUUAGUUUUUCAAACCGGAAGAAAAUUCUUCCUCCUUUGAGGGACGAUUACUACAAGGAUGAAACCUUCUGGACCGGGAGCAGGUUUAAAGGAGAGUACAGAAAUCGACAAUUCCACAAGGGUCAUUAUGAUCACCCAACAGGUGUUCAGUAUGAAAGUGAAUGGAAAGACGGACACUUUCAUACUGCUAAGCAUUACGGAAUUAUGGAAUAUCCCAGAGGAGAUACAUUUGAGGGUCAAUGGUAUCAAGGGCGAUACGUUAGUGGAGAAAUCACCUUCGGAGACGGGUUGAAGUACAGUAGUACAAAUUGGAGUUACUGUGAACUUCCCGACCGUAGAUUACGUGCUGAGAGAUAUUAUGGAAUGCGACCUGCUGGCGACACAAUCUACAAUGACCAGUAUCCCACUCAUAAACUUCCUCCUGGAUGUUACGAUGUUGGUGAUGGGAUUUAUAACCCUAAAAACGGCGAAAUUCGUGGAUAUGACGGCAUUCUGAUUAGAAGGGCAAAUGAGAAGGAACACAAUUGGAUUGUACAAAACUGUAGAAAGCAACUAACGCCGGAAGAAGAAUAUAUUCCUACAUUUAAUCCUGAACGCCUUCCUGGAAUGUACAUGGAGCAAGCUCAAAGAUUUACAAUUGCCAAGCGCAGAUUUCAUUGAUUGCAAUUAAUUGUAAACUUUACAUCCUUUGUAAUCUAAGAUAAAUACAAUAAUAGUAAUAAUACAUAAAUCAUAAUCAGUAACAUUUGCAUUUAUGUAUAUGACAUUUAUCCAUAAGUAAAUAAGUAAAAGUUUGUCAUGAUGCGAAAAGGAUGUCCCCCAAAUCACGACCCCUCGCAGGCGGAAGUUCAGACUCGGAACAGGGCACCGGCGGUGCCGCACGCACCAUAGAAACAGUGUCAAUUUCAAUCUUGAUUAAGGGCCCGGGGGAAGAUUUACUUGAUUUUAUGUUAGCAACAAUAAUUGCCAGGGCCCCAAGAUUAUUAUCGCUCUGUUAGGUUACGACCACAAUUAAUUGACACCGUUUCUAUGGGACACUCACGUUCAAAAGCUUUGGUUUUGUCACUGCUUUUGAAAAAGUUUCCCUCAAGUCCCUCAAGUUUUUGAAAAAAGUUGUUUCUUUUGUU